CGCAUAAUUGAUGGGCCAAAAGCCCAAAAUGGGCAUAAAUCAAUCAUUUCGAUUUUUUGGAUAUUCUUUUUCUUUCGCGCCGGACUACCGUCUACCGACGCGACGACUUUUUUGACCAACCCAUUCUCUCUCCUAUUCUCCGAUUCCUCUCUGCACCUUCUUCAACUUCUUCUUCUUCAUUUCAUUCGUUUCUGUUCUUUCAUCUGUCGCUCUCUGUAAGCCAUCUCUUCUUGCUUCCGAUGGGAGGCCGUAGUUCCAAGAACGGCAAGGCGCCGCGGGUUCUCAAUUCCAACGGUCAUCUUCCGCAGAACGGCCGUCAUCGCUACAACAGCAACGACCAGCGUAUCCGCGCCGGAGGAGACAGCGGCGCCGGCGAAUUAGACCACGGGAGUAAAUCGAAGCAGAAUGAGCUGGGAGGGAAGCCACAGCGGAGCGAGGAACUCCAGAAGCAGUCAUUUCCAUAUUCCAGUCCUGCUAAUAAUUCAACGGAUGAAUUUUACGACGGUAUUCCGCUUUACUCUUCUUCGCGGUCGAAAUCCACUCGGUCUAGGCAAGGAGCUGUUUCCAAGGUUUCAGAGGUCAGUUCACGACUGGGCAGAGUUGGUUCAGUUGGGCUAGGAAAAGCAGUGGAGGUAUUGGACACUCUUGGGAGUAGCAUGACGAAUUUGAACCCUAAAGGCGGAUUCGCUUUCGCCGCGACAACUAAAGGGAAUGAACUUGAAAUCUUAGCUUUCGAGGUCGCGAACACGAUCGUCAAGGGCUUUAACCUUAUGCAAUCCCUUUCCAAAAGGAAUAUCAAGCGGUUAAAGGAAUUGCUCCCUUCAGAAGGGGUUCAGAAUCUAGUGUCAGUCAAUACAGAUGAACUCUUGAGAAUUUUUGCAGCUGACAAGAGGGAUGAGUUGAAGGUUUUCUCUUGUGAAGUGUUUCGUUUUGGGAACCGGUGUAAAGAUCCUCAAUGGCACAACUUGGAUCGAUAUUUUGAAAAAAUUAGCAAAGAGUUUGCUCCUCAAAGGCAGUUACAAGACGAGGCAGAAUCAGUGAUGGAGGUUUUGAUGAUUUUGGUUCAAAAUACAGCAGAAUUAUACCAAGAAUUGCAACUGCUGGACAAACUUGACCAAGAGUAUCAGCGUAAACUUAGCGAGGAUGACAAGCCAGGAAAAGGCCAGAAAGGUGACGGCACUGCAAUCUUAAGGGCGGAAUUGAAAAGCCAAAAGAAGGAAGUACGAAACCUGAAGAAAAAAUCACUGUGGUCCAGAAGUUUGGAAGAGGUGACUGGGAAGCUUGUAGAUGUUGUUCGUUUUUUGCUCAUGGAGAUUGAUGACACCUUUGGCAGAGAAGAUAGUAGUGCUCUCGUCGAGGCAUCUGCAAGCUGUCAUCAGAGACUGGGACCUGUUGGCCUGUCCUUGCAUUAUGCAAAUGUAGUUCUACAGAUCGAUGAUAUUGUCGCACAACCAAGUAAUUUGCUUCCAACUGCAAGACAUGGAUUGUACCAGAGUCUUCCACCGAAUAUAAAAUCCGCAUUGCGUUCCAGAUUACAGUCAUUUGAAGUGAAAGAAGAGAUAAGCAUCAUUGGGAUCAAAGAUGAGAUGGAGAAAACUCUAGCCUGGCUUGUUCCCAUGUCCACCAACACAGCCAAAGACCAUCACGGAUUUGGUUGGGUUGGAGAAUGGGCGAAUUCAGCAUCUGAAGGUAGCCGGAGGUCUGUAUCUGGCAAUAAUGACUUCAUUAGGAUAGAGUCCCUCCAUCAUGCGGACAAGGAGAAAACAGAAACCUACAUUCUUGAACUCCUGUUGUGGUUACACCAUCUAGUCAGCAAAUCGAAGAAGGCUAGCAGUGCACGCGUAGAUGCUAGCAAGUCACCGCCACUACCACCACCACAAGAGAAGCCGGAUGCUGCUGAGAGUGGGUCGCCACCACAAAUCAUCAUUGAAGAGCAGAGAACGACGGAGAGUACAGACGAGGAAGAGGGCAAGGACGAUGGUGGCAGCCUGGAAACGAGUAAGAGCGAGGACUUCACAAUAACUCUUUUGACGACGAAGACCAAAUUAGAGAACAAUGUUGGAGGUGAUGUACAGAGCGAGGUAAAUAGUAUGUCAGCUUGAAUGUUACAUACGUAUCUCUUGAAAGAAUAAAGCUUUUAGACGAAUGUUGAAGAAUCGCAAAGAGUGAUAUGUAUAUAAUUAGCUUCGUUGGUUUCUUUGGCUUUGUGUGUGUAACCACUUAGUCUGUGUGUAUUUAUUUGCACUUACAAAAUCACAUUCUGGACUUAAGGCUGGACCUCCGUGAUGGCAUGUGGAUUUAAAUCAUUUUACAGCUAAUGACCAAUUUGCGAGCUCGUUUCCGCAUUUGGAAACACAUAAAUGCAAGUACGCCAAGCAAACUCACUCCUUAUUUAUUUCAACUCAUGUCACCUCCCUGCUGCAUCGUUGUCGCGCUGUUGACACAUGCUGGUCGGUACAACAAAAUUUGAGUUCAAGCAAUUUUAUCUAUUGCGAAACCGAUUGGAAUGUCUUUGGUAUGACUGGCGAGAGCGAUUUUCUGACUUUCAAACAAAAUGAUGUCAUCUUGGUUAAUUUAAUUGAUAAAAAUAAUUUUUCGUUUUAUUUCUUGAAUUUGAAAGUUAAAUGUUGAUGUUAUUUAUUGAAUUCAAGUACCGUAUAUUAAAAUGUUUAUGUUAUUUGUCACAUCAUGUAUAAACUUUUAGAUUUGGU